UGUCGGACUGUUGUAAAUACAGAAAUAUUAGUAAAUUUUGUUGCUGCUGUUAGUGCCAGAAAGUGUGCAGUAGAAUAUAUCAAAAAACAGCUCAAGCGCAAAUUAACCAAAUUAAUAUUAAGACACACUUUCGUUAGUUGGUAGCGUGUGGAUUAUCAUUAGACAGCGGCCAUUUUGAGCGAACGCAGAAACGUCAGCAGCAGCGCCUUGCCUUGUAUUUUGACUGAAUCACGAUAACGAUAAGUACCGCAGUGCCGCAAUAAGCUUUUACGCGACAAAAGUUAAGCUUAGUAAACAUAAAAAAAAAACACCAAAGUUCAAAACAGUCAAACGACAAAUCAAUAAAAGCAAUAUAAUGGCCGAUGAAGAUAUUACUUUAAACGAGGAUCAGCUCUUGGAGUCGCUGGAGGAGACAAACGGCGAACAGGAGACUGAAAUUGUGACUGAAACAGAGGAGGAGGGCAGCAUGCAGAUCGAUCCCGAGCUGGAGGCCAUUAAGGCACGCGUCAAAGAGAUGGAGGAGGAGGCUGAAAAAAUAAAGCAAAUGCAAUCAGAGGUAGACAAACAAAUGGCAGGCGGUUCAACAACCGGUUUGGCCACGGUGCCGCUUUCACUUGAAGAGAAACAGGAGAUUGACACAAGGUCCGUGUAUGUGGGCAAUGUGGACUAUGGUGCAUCUGCCGAGGAGCUGGAGGCACAUUUUCAUGGUUGCGGCACCAUAAAUCGUGUUACCAUACUAUGCAAUAAGGCUGACGGACAUCCCAAGGGUUUUGCCUACAUUGAGUUUGGCUCCAAGGAGUACGUGGAAACGGCACUGGCCAUGAACGAAACCCUCUUCCGAGGACGUCAAAUAAAGGUCAUGUCGAAGCGUACCAACCGACCGGGACUCUCCACAACAAAUCGCUUCGCGCGUGGCAGCUUCCGCGGCCGAGGAGCACGCGUGUCCCGUGCCUGCUGUCACUCCACUUUCCGUGGCGCUCGACGCGCAAUAAGAGGUUACCGCGGCCGCGCCAAUUAUUAUGCGCCGUAUUGAUUAUUGUGUUCUUAAUUUUAUAGUAAGAUUUUUUUAAUAUAUAAUUUCAAAAAACAUUUUAU